GAAAAAAAAAUAAAAAAAAAUAAAAAUAGAUUCAUCAGAAAAUAAAAGAAAAGAAACGAGCGAAAAGAGAAACGCCAGUCAUUCAUCUCCUUUCCUUGAAGGUUGAAUUGUCGUUGCCGUCUCCGUCCGUUCACCGCACCGUACGCCGUCCUCCGUCACUGCCGCCCCUGCCCGGGAACUUCGAGACUUGAUACUCUGCUGUUUCAAUCAUCACAAAAUGUUUUUUGAUGGAUAUGGAUAUCAUGGGACAUCGUUUGAGCAGACGUAUCGAUGUUACCCUGCUUCUUUUAUUGAAAAGCCCCAACUUGAAAGUGGUGACAAAAUUAUAAUGCCUCCAUCAGCCCUUGAUCGUCUAGCAUCUCUGCAUAUUGAUUAUCCGAUGUUGUUCGAACUUCGUAAUGAUGCUGCUGAGCGGGUUUCUCAUUGUGGUGUUCUGGAGUUCAUUGCAGAGGAAGGCAUGAUAUACAUGCCAUACUGGAUGAUGGAGAACAUGCUUUUACAAGAGGGGGACAUUGUAAGAGUGAAAAAUGUGACACUUCCAAAGGGAACAUAUGUUAAGUUACAGCCUCACACUAAAGACUUCUUGGAUAUUUCCAAUCCAAAGGCUAUCUUAGAAACUACGCUGAGGAAUUUUUCCUGCCUGACUACUGGAGAUAGCAUUAUGGUGGCUUACAAUAACAAAAAAUAUUAUAUUGAUAUUAUUGAAAGCAAGCCUGCCAAUGCUAUAAGCAUCAUUGAGACUGAUUGUGAAGUGGACUUCGCCCCUCCCUUAGAUUACAAGGAACCUGAAAAGCCCAUUGCUGCACGUUCUGCUGGAAAGGCACCAGAAGCUGAUAAAGAAACCCCUGCUGAAGAACCCAAGUUCAACCCAUUUACUGGAUCUGGGAGACGCUUGGACGGAAAGCCUUUGAGUUAUCAGCCUCCACCAGUUACUUCCUCUGGCUCCAAGGACAAGAGUCCUGCUGCUCCAAAUGUGAAUUCACAGUCUUCCACAGCUUCUAGUUCACAAAGUAAUGCUCCUCAAACUCAGGGCAAGCUUGUGUUUGGAUCAAAUCCAAACCGCAGUAAAGAAACCGGAAAGGCAACUGAGGCAAAAGCAAAACAAGAACCCCCCAAAGAGAAAGAAGAUAAAUUUCAGCCUUUCACCGGGAAGAAGUAUUCUUUAAGAGGUUGAUUAAUAUAUUAACUUAAAACACUUUUGGCCUGUACAUGGAUCCAAGUCUAUUGCAAAACCUGUAUCUUUUUUGCUUUUUGUAUUAUAAGCAAAAGACAGACCAAACCUGUAGACGCCACAAAAAAUAACUAGAUGUUUACCUUAAAUUAUUAUUACUUGUCAAUGACUACAUAUUCUUCUCUGGCGCUAAA